UGGAUGUUAAAAUCGUCCUUUCGACCUUUUUUUGACUUUCCGACUGUCAAAGGUAAGAGAUUUGCGCAGUGCUUGUACUGUAGAAAACGAUUUCCUGAAGGAGAAUCUACAGGAAAUCUCUCGAAACACAUUCGCAAGACACGUCCAACAGCUUUUGACAAUAGGAAUAAUAAAGUGAAGAAAAUAAGGACCCUGGAGGCCUUCGUGAAGAGAUCAAACGCCUUGAGAGUGACCAGUAGAAUUAAAGACGAAUACAAAAAAAGCCCUGAAUCUUUCCAAACGGUCAUGCUUGUCGUCGAAGGUUUUCUACCAUUCAGCUGGGUUCAGCUAAACACUUGGGACAUUGUCAACAGCACAAGAGAGUCAAAAUUCAUUCAGUCAAGGACGACCCUUGUCAAAAAACUUGACCUUUACACAGGUUAUUUAGAUGAGUGUUUGGCGCUGAAUCUCAAAGACACACACCUCGUCAACAUUGUGCUGGACAUCUGGACGGCAACCAAUGGGGAAUCCUUUUUAGCCAUCAUGGUAUCAUUCGUCCCAAAUUUUUACAAUGAGACCACAUUGAGAACGGCUCCUAGUUCCUCAAUUUUCUUCGAUAGGACAGAAAAAGCUCAAAAUACACACUUGAUAGACUUUCAAAGUCUUGGAACCAAAAGCCAUACUGGGAAGUACAUGCAUACUUUCGUAUCAUCCCUCCUGGAAAAGCAUAAGCUGCUGGACAAAGUGGCAACCAUCACAAUGGAUAAUGCUUGCAAAUAGCGAAGCAUUUUAUUCCUAGUUGAUCCACGAUAAUCUGAAGUGUUACAAACCAUUGGCUCACCGUCUGUUCAAAAAGUUGCGCUACAUAAGGUGUGCCAGUCACAUUUUGAAUCUGCAGUUUCAGAAAAUGUUUGACCAUCUAUAUUCCAACAGCAUCUUCGCGGAUGCCUACGCAAAGAUAGUAAAAAUGGCAAAAAUCAUGAGGUACUCCACCCGUAUAGCGGCCAGUUUGAAGAACUUGAAGAUGCCCAUCCUCACGCUAGAUUGUCCAACAAGGUGGAUGAUAAAGUGGCGCCAAAUUGAAAGAUUUUUAGCUAAUCGGGACCUUUAUGAAGCAUGGUGCAAAAAAAUGGCAGAAUCGGGUGAUGAGAAACUUGCAGAUAAGUUGCAGAAGUAUCUCAUUCUUGACACGAGAACCACAUAAUUAUUAAAAUAUUUUGUCGAAACUUGCAAUCUUUUCAACAGUUUGACGCUUCAAUUAAAAGAUGAUGACUACAAUUGCUUGUCCAGUGGCUGCUCCUUCAGUCACUAAUUUCUUUUAUCUCAACGGUUCUUCAGCAUUGCAUUCUCAAGAUUAAGAGCUCGUUUUGGAGGCAAUGGCGUUAGCAAAAAAAUCGCACUUGAAAUAUUUUGCUGGAUUCAAGAGUGAUCCCAUUUACUAUCUAUCAGUUCUACUCGAUCCCCAAUUGAAGACUGAGAGACUUUACCGGACAAUGUCUACACCAGAUGCCAACAGGAGCAUUCUGCUGUGUGACGUUUUCAUUAAAAAUUAGUUCAACGAGUUUGAGCCCGUUUACACACCAAAUGAGGAUUGUGCUAGUCUAAACACUAUUCAACCCAAUAAGCAUAAUUUUUUUGACUUUGACAAGCAGCAACUGGGAUCUAUUUCCCCGAGACCAGAUGAUGAAGAGACACUCGAAGAAAAUCUUUUAAGAACGGAGGAAUGGACAAACUACCUGGGUGAGCCUAUUCUGGCUGCCUGUUCGAGAGAAGCUGCUAUCACUUUUGGUUUGACAGACGGUUUAGAUUUCCAAGACUUUUCAAGCUUGCAAUGACCUUUUUCUACACCAAGAUUUCUACAUGCUAUGUUGAAAGGUGCUUUUCUUUGGCUGGUAGGGUUAUGCGACGAGAUAGAAAGCGGUUGGCGACCAAGAAUGUCAGAACCUCAAUGGUUUCGAGAGACAGAUUUCAAAAAUUCAACUUUUUCAAG